AUGCAAUACAAAGGAGUUCUUUCCAACUGCAGUGUGAUCAAUGUCGCGACGGGAGAUGUCCGAAAGCAACAGAGUAUCGCGAUCGCCCUUGAUGGCACUAUUGCAAAGAUUGGUCCAUCUGAUGCAGACUUCUUUGCGUCACUGCCCAUAGGAUCUGCGGAGCUCUUGCUCGACUGUCAGGGUGGCUUUGUGAUUCCUGGUCUGAUCGAUUGUCAUGUUCGUGUUACAGCUUUCACAGGGAACUUUGCCGUCUUGGAACGCACAAGUCCUUCCUACGUCACUGCGUGUGCGUUGAGGGAACUUGAAGCAACCCUCAAGAGAGGAAUCACUACUAUCCGUGAUGCCGGUGGCGCCGAUCACGGCUUGGCAAGAGCUUUGCAGGAAAAUAUAUGUCAGGGGCCGCGCCUCUUGUUCUGUGGUAAAGCCCUUAGCCAAACAGGAGGGCACGGGGAUCAGCGUGCUCCUGGUGAUUUUGUAAAAGCCUUUGAUUGCACUUGUGCCGGAUUAGGUAGAAUCUGUGACGGCGACGCUCAAGUCCGAAAAGCUGCACGAGAUGAAAUCCGAAAGGGAGCUACGCACAUCAAAGUCAUGGCAGGUGGAGGCGUCGCUAGCCCAACUGAUCGCAUCACGUCCACUCAGUUCUCCCUUAUGGAACUCAAAGCAAUCGUGGAGGAAGCACAGGCUGCCAAUAUUCAUCUUGGAAGAUUUUCGGCUUUCAAACUUCAGAGGUGA